GUACAUACUGUCUCUUCGGUGCUGAGUGACUGAGAUUUACAUAUUGCAUAUAUUGGCCUCUACGAUCAAGCCCUUUGAAUUCCUCUCCAAGACAAUGGGAAACUCAGAACGGAGUCCUCUGUAUAAUGGUAACCACUUCCAACCAUACACGACAGUGACAGAAAGAGCUUCUAAUACCUUCUAUAAUGGUCAUGACUGCGUAGUUGAAACCAAGUCAGGCCGAGAGAUCGAGGGUGUGGAGGUUUCCACGAAAACUUACUCUACCCGCUUCUGGAUUCUGUUUGUUUUCUCCUUCCUUGCGUGGUUUCAGUGUGCUCAGUGGAACACGUGGGGCCCCAUCAGCGAGAGCGUGAACGUCGCCUUUCCGGGAUGGGGUGCUGAGACUGUAGCCAUGAUGGGCAACUGGGGGACCAUUAUGUUCGUGGUGGGCAUCGUGCCCAUGUGCUGGCUGAUGGAAGCCAAGGGACUGCGUGCAGGCGUGCUUGCAUGUGCUGGCUUGAUUGCAGCGGGGACCGUGAUGAGGAUAAUCCCCUUUGCUACGAGUUCUGACGUGUUCUUCACCGUGAUGUCCCACUUGUGUGCUGUUUGUGUGGGUCUGGCAGCAACCCUUGUCAUGGCUGCCCCUCCUACCAUAGCCGCUGUGUGGUUUCCGCCCGAGGAGAGGACGACUGCUACAGCUGUGUCGCAGGUGCUGAACCAGCUGGGCAACGUCGGGAGUUACCUGGAGCCGCUGCUGGUGAGGGCGCCUCGGAACGGGACGACGCCGGAGGAAAUUCGGAGUGAUAUAAAACUGCUGCUUUACAUUGACGCUGCCAUUGCCGUCGCGUUGCUAGCGGCCGCCUUGGUGUAUUUCCCGACGAAGCCUCCGGUCCCGCCGUCCGUCUCGUCCUCCGUCGAAAGAUACGGUUUUGCGACCAGCUUAAAAAAGGUGGUCAGAAAUCGAGAUCUACUUCUGGUGACAAUGUCCUUUGGGAUAACACUGGGUAUUCCCUUGACCUGGUUGAGUGUCCUGAACUUUUCCCUUCUUGAACUUGGGAUCGAUCAGGACGACGCCAUGUGGAUCGGCAUCUUGGCUGUCGUGUUGUCAGGCGUCUCCGGAUUGUUGGCAGGACGCGUGACCGAUGUUGUCUACGGCCACGUGAAGGUGUCACUGAUCCUGCUGAUGGGAGCGACCCUGGCUUGCUUCUUCUGGUUCUUCCUCCUGGCUUGGGGCGCCGUUCAGGUCACGAGGUGGCAGGUAUAUUUUAGCGUGGUCGGGGGCCUGGCGUUAAAUUUCGCCACCGCCCCGCUCUUCAUGGAACUAGCUGUCGAGGCGUCCUACCCAUGUCCCGAGGUUGUCGUGGGCGGGAUGCUGACCGGGGCCGACAAUUUCGUGGGUCUACUGUUCCUCCUGAUCUUCUUCAUUCCUAAUAUAGGAUACGAGUGGGUGACGUAUUUGCUGCUUGCAACAGGUGCUCUUGCAAUCAUUCCUCUGCUGCUUGUGCGGGAGAAUUACGCCAGAUCCAACGUCGAUAGAGCGGAUGGUCAUGAAGCUCCCACAAAAUAAUGAUAGGAGUGGUCAAGGAUGGAUAAAUAAACGGGAAAGAAUAGGUACAGGUAUUGCUCUCCCACCUGAAAAUUUGCGUUAGUCUCCCCUUUGAGGUUAUGGGUUUUCUUUCAUCACAAAGGGUCCUUCGUGUAUAAAAUGGAAAAUUUCAUGUGCCCCUUCAUUUUGGGUACGUGAAGUUUCCUGUGUUGUGUGUAAGUGUAUAAAUGUAAUGAAUAAAUAUAUGGUUUCUGUGUAGUUAACAAUGAAUGCAUGAAAUACCUGUACUUGGACUAUCAGAGUAGAUAUUGUUAAUAAACAGUUAUUAAUGUUUAUUUUGCAUUUGUGUAUUCUCCAAAGGUAUGAGAGGUGUUUUUAUAAGAUGUUUUUAACAAUAAAAAAACAUCUUAUAUACCGAUGUGCGGUAUUGCUAUUAGUAGGUUGGCGAUACACAUAGAAAAUAAGCUGAAGUUUAGGUGGAAUAAAAUCAUGGUCCUCCACCAACAUUUAAUAAGAGAUACAGACAUGAAGAUCAAAUCAAGACUAUCAUUUUUUGUGCAACCAAUCGUAGUGAACUAAAACACUAAUAUAAAGGCUGGCGUACUAAGGCCCUCAAUCUGGGAAGCUCUGAAAUACAAUAGGGCUUACAAAGUAAAUCAUGUAUAAUUACACACCCGUGCAUGUGUGUGACAAUGAAAUUUCGUAACUAAAUUAAAACUCUAUUAAACCGAUUGAAAUGUCUGGCUACAAUAACCCUUACAAUCAUACCAGAUAAAUUAUUUAAUUUACGGAAAUAAAAAACUUUAAAGUUACUAUUCAAGACAAUUUUACAGCCUUUACACCAACGCUGCCAAACACACCAAUUAC